AAUAAUUCCUUUCCUCCCCUAAUUAUUUUUUUUUGGCUGGCUCUGCCACCAUAGCAUUAGAAGCUCGCUAUCACGCGACCAUGUCUUUCGAAAGAGAUCAUGAAAGAACGGAAAGGAGAGUAACGGGAUACAUUCUCGAUAGAAGAUGGGGGCAAGGAACCUAACCUCGUCAUUGUGUAUUACUUGCCAAUUUAUGUUUAAGGUGUUAAAGCAGUUGAAGAUUUCUACAGUGUAGGUUCGUGAAGCUACCCAAACAUUUUGGCGCCAUCUAUGGAAAUGAGCAAAGAAGCAGUGUUGCUAGUGUUGAAGCUAAACAUGCCUGAGGAACAGUUCCAGAUUCCAACGGAAGUGAGGCAGAGGCACCCUUUACAUAACACCUUGCGUCGUGAAGGACCCAUGGAGUCUGCUCGGACGUCUAAGCUGGAAGAAAGAACUAGGGUCUUAGAAAUGGCCAUGGGAAGAAUCCUAUCCCAUCUAAUCCCAGAUGACCCCCUGAUUCCUCUGUUGAAUAGGGGUGAUCAACUUGUUGAAAUUGCAACCUGCAAUUCCUCAGCCCUGAGCAAUGUAGUAGUACCUACCAAGCCAAGGGGAAGUGGGAAGUCAAACCUCGAGCCCAGCUCAUCAAAGCACAAUGACGAGUUGAUGAGGAAGGAUGUAGACCUUGAAAGACAGCUUAAAGACAUACAGAAAUCUAUUGACGAGCUGAGAAGUCUAAGGUCGCGCCAACAGGCUCUGGAUUUAGAUAGCGCCUCUCUCAACUUGUCCAUUACAACAAAACCAUAUCAAGAAGGAUUCAAGAUCCCCCACUUGGAAACCUAUGAUGGCUCUAGUGACUCAGAUGAACACUUACAUACCUAUCAGGCCAUCAUGAAAAUCCAGAACGUAACUGAUGCUAUGAUGUGCAAAGUGUUCCUUACAACUUUGAAGUCGACCGUCAGAAGAUGGUAUCACAAGCUUCCCAGGCAUUCGAUCACUUCUUAUCCUCAGCUUGCUACUUUGUUCUCUAACAAGUUUGUAAGCGAGCGAGAAAUAAAACGCACCGCUACCAAGUUGAUGCAAGUUCACCAAAAGGAAGGAGAGUCCUUAAGUGACUACAUGCAGCGAUUCAACAAGGCCACCUUAGACAUUGACAAUGUCCUUGACACCAUCUGCUUGUCUGCUUUGUUGCACGGCCUCAAGCUUGGUAGAUUCUUGGACGACCUGUUGGAAAAUCCACCAAAGUCGUGGAAUGAAGUGAAUGACAAGUUCGCAAGCUCCAUCUUAUUGGAAGACUUUCAGUCAUCCAAACGUCCUACUGAUUACAAACGACCAGAGGGAGAAUUUGAUGUUAUGAUGCCUCACGCUGACCCCUUCAUGGCAAUAGUCCACAUAGGUAAUCAUAAUGUUAAUAAGGUCUUCAUCGAUAUGAGCAGCUCUCUAGACAUCUUAUAUUGGAGCUACUUCCAAAAGAUGCAGCUAAACUCAGCUUCUUUGAAGAAAUAUGAAGGGCCAAUAUAUGGAUUUGACAAUCAGCCCGUUUUUGUUGAAGGGGUAAUCACUCUUCCCAUUUAUAUGGGUACUGGACCAUGGUUCAGGAUGGCUUCAGGGAUAGGAGUACUCAAGGGAAACCAAAAAAUAGCUAGAGCGUGCUACCAAGAUACAUUCAAGAAAGUUGAACUUGCCGCGGUGCCAAAGGCUUCUCCCUCUCAGGCGGAGCCAAUAGAACCGGUGGAGACCAUUCCUUUAAACCCUGAUGAAUUGAAAAAAACAGUGAAAAUUAAAACCAAACUCACAGUGGAAGAGAGAACCGAGCUGUUGGAAUUUUUGAAGUCCAACCAAGAUGUUUUUAUGUGGACAACAGAUGAAAUGCUCGGGAUUCCAACAGAAUUUGCAGUCCACAAGCUUAGUACAGACCCCACAAGAAAGCUAGUGGUUCAAAAAUGUCGCCUUUUGGGCCUUGAUAAGCAAGCCGCUAUAGAUGAAGAAAUACAUAAGGGUCAAGCCUUGGCAGAUUUCCUACUGAAAUGCCACCCAGUGGCUGUUGAAGGAAUUACAGCCUCACACCCUGUAUGGGCAUUGCAUAGGGUAGCUGAUUUCACCUUGAUCGAUGAUCAGUUAUAUAAACAAGCAGCGUCAAUGCCUCUAUUCCGUUGGCUAACUCCUUAUGAAGCUGAGUAUACUAUAAGAGAAGUUCAUGAAGGAGUGUGUGGCACACACAUAGGUGGAAAAAUAUUAGCUCGGAAACUUCUAAGGCAUGGAUAUUACUGGCCUACUAUGGUUGACGAUGCACAAAACUAUGUCAAGAAGUGUCCAACCUGCCAGUUCAACGCUAACGACAUUCACAUGCCAGAGUCAACUAAUAAAAUUGUCUUACAUGGCUUUAAGGCACGUGUCCUAGCCACGCACUCUAAUUGGGUUGACGAGCUCAACAAAGUGCUUUGGUCAUACCGUACUAUGCCUAACUCGGCCACUGGAGAGACCCUAUUCUCCCUAGUCUACGGAGCUGAGGCCGUAAUCCUUGUGGAAAUCGGCUUGUCGCCUAACAAGCCAGCUUGGUGUAAUGAUUCUAAUAGCGAGCAACUCCUAAGAGAAAGCCUUAACCUUGUGAAGGAGGUUAAGAAGAGAUCUCGGGUGAAAAACAUGGCUUAUAAAGGUCGUGUUGCUUGAUUUUACAAUAAACGAGUGCGUGCUUG